CACGCCACGCCCCCUCCUGUCGGGAACACCCAGGCUGUGGAUAUCUGCCUUCAGACGGUGCCGAGGCGCACCCACACACUCAAGUACGGUCCCUGAUCCCUGAACGAACUCUCCCAGCCAGCUGUGCUCAUCUGUCUGCUCCUCUCCGCUGUCCGCAGCCGCCAGGCUUCCUGAGAGUGGUCACCUCUUGUUAGCGUCCACAAGAAACAGAAGAUUGGAGAAAGAAACACUGGUGGGAUAAAGUUAGACUAUGCCCGCUCUAAAAGAACAACCCAAUCGUGGGCAGAACAUAACAGAAAGAUGAGCACUUUGCAGCAAAGUUAUUUCUGACUUUCUCAAUGCAAUACAUUUACUUGGCUGAUUUAAUUGGCCAAGUGUAGACUGAGGGACCAAUGGAGCAUGUUGGGGAGGAUUUGAAUCUCUCCUUUCUGCUGGAACAUGAACGAGACAUUAUCCUGAAAGUGCUGCAGAAAGAUGAGAAAUUGAGGAAACGAGAGGAGAAAAGGAUACGGAAGCUGAAGAAUGAGCUCCUGGAGAUCAAACGAAAAGGUUCCCGUCGAGCCCAGGAGCUGGGGGAACGACAGUGCGCUCGGUGCCUGAAGAGUUUGGGCCUCAUCUUUGACCGCGGAGAUCUCUGUGAGGAGUGUCGGCUACGCAUCUGCAGCAACUGCCGUGUAACAAAUCCCAAAGCACGUCAGUGGAGGUGUAACGUUUGUGCCAAGAUCUCGGAGCUGAAGGUGGUAACAGGAGAGUGGUUCCUAGAGGAGCGGUCCAAGCGCUUUGAGCAGGGAGUGCCAAGUGGUGACGUGAUCAAACAGACAAUCAUGAGUAGCCCAAUCAUUCCAGACAAAAACUCAACAGAAAACCAGUCAUCCACUUCUGAAUCAGAGAGACCCGACACCCCAAAAUCCAACAGAAGUGCAAUACUCAACAUUGUGGACGGUGCCAGGAGAAAAGGAAGGAUGAAGAUGGAUAAAAAAGGCAGCCGAACAACCUUAAAGCCGGAGAACGGAGUUGACAGCAUCAGUGUCAAAUCUGCUUCGGAUGGAGAGACUCAUAGCGUACGCAGUGUUUGCUCUGCUCAGAGUCCACAUUCAAACAGGGGCGGUGCGGUUGCCUUGGAGUCCUCGGGGACGCCUACGGUACCCAACAACCUGCGUUCCCAAACUCCGGACAGAUCCUCCAUUACGACCGAUAACCGGAGGGUCAGGCCUGACGGAGCAGAGAGCGUCGCUAGUGUACACUCCAGUGACUAUGCGCCUGAGAAAAAAGCUACAAGCCAUCACAGGACAAAUUCGGACGCCCCAACCAUUUCUGUGUCCAGGGCCUCAGUUUCAUCAGAUCACAGUCGCUCAGAGAUGGACCUGUCAGCUCCUGGUUCUGAACCCAGUGACGAUGCCCUCAGUCUCAGGAGCCGCUCAGUCCCCAGGCUUAACAAAGCAGAGUUUUCUGAUGAGGAUGCGGAGGAAGACAUCGAUGCCCUGAUGUCGGCUCACAGCAAAACUGCCAACCGACGCUUAAGCAACGCACUGUCAACGUCUUCCACCCCUGGCUCAGAGAGAAGGUGGGGGUACCUCAAUGUCCCCGACUCAGAUGCUGAGACUAGUAGUAUAAACAGCAUGAUGAGCAUGUAUAGUGAGACUGGUGACUAUGGCAACGCCCGGGUGAGCGGCGAGAUCCUGCUGAAAAUCAGCUACAGCUAUAAAACUGGGGCUCUCAACGUCCUGGUGAAAGAGUGUCACAACCUGGCAACAGGAGAUGAGAAGAGGCAACGCACAGACACUUAUGUAAAGACUUACUUGCUGCCAGAUAUGUCAAGACAGAGCAAGAGGAAGACAAGCAUCAAGGCCAACACCAUUAACCCUGUUUUCAAUGAGAACCUGAGGUACGUGAUCAGUCACUCGCAGCUGGAGACUCGAACCCUGCAAGUCUCCGUGUGGCACCACGACCGGUUUGGACACAACAGCUUCUUAGGAGAGGUGGAGCUGACCUUUGACUCCUGGGAGUUUGACUCCCAGAUAGAGGAGUGGUACACCCUGCAGCCCAAGGUGGAGAGCAAUAUAGACUCCACAAUGCAGUAUAAAGGAGAACUGACUGUUGUGUUGAAGUACAUACCUGCAGAGAAGAACCUCAUGCUGCCACUGGACCAAGUACAAGUGAAGAAAGGGUUCCUGAAAAGCAAAAAGAAGAGCAGCUUUACUCUGCCUAAAGGGGGCAUGGUUGAGCUCCUGGUCAAAGGAGCCAAAAAUCUCACUGCUGUCAAGUCAGGAGGGACUUCAGAUCCUUUUGUGAAAGGAUACCUCCUCCCUGACAGCAACAAGUCAACCAAGCACAAGACGGUAGUGGAGCGCCGCACUGUAAACCCGCAGUGGAACCACACCUUUACCUACUGCGGGCUGCAGCCAGGAGACCUCAACAAUGUCUGCCUGGAGCUCACCGUGUGGGACAAAGAAGCCCUGGCCAGCAAUGUCUUCCUGGGAGGGGUCAGGCUCGGAGCUGGCACGGGCACAAGCUAUGGGAAUGAGGUAGACUGGAUGGACUCAUACGGGGAGGAACAGCGGCUAUGGCAACGCAUGAUUGAAAACCCAGAAGUCCCUCAUGAGUGUACUCUGAUGCUGCGAUCCAGCAUGCGCAAGUGCAACACAUGAGCCCAAUCAAAGCACAGACAAGAGAGGAUAAAAAAGGGACGAAGAGGUAAUGUGAUGGCGGGAGAAGAUAGCUGGAGAAGUGGAAUGGUCAAGAAAAACAGAGGGUCCAGGACUCAAACUUUUAUAAAGGAACAGAUACUGUCCCGCUCCCUACUUCUUUCUUCCUGGGAUGCCCUGUUCAGCCAGUCAUGCCUUACACACUCAUUUACAUGUGCCCCCCUCUAGUCUUGACCAAGCACUGCUGUUUACUGCUGUAUAUGAAAAAAAAGUGUUGUAUGUAACUUGUCUAGCCGAAUAAGCACACUGUGUGACUCCUGAUUUAUCCGAACUCGUCUCUGUGAUUCAUGAACCAGAGUAACAUCUGCAUGUAGUUACAACUGACGGAGGCCAUUUGUCAGGUGUUAGACAAGGCACUGAUCAAUAAUGUAGAGACUCAGACAUUCCCUUUAUGAGCAAACGAGCUGCAUCCUGGUCUGAAGCCCAUGCAAAUGCUGAGAUUCAUCCCCCUAUAAACAUUUGUGUACAGAGGUGGAAAGUGACUAGUUCUUGUAUACUGUCCUAUUCAAGUAGAAGACAACAUUAUUACUGAAAAAAAACUACUUGGUUAAAAUUACAGUAGUAGCACUAUUGACAACUCAAUCACUGUUAAUCUCUGCUGCUCUCUAGAGUAGUGACCAUCUCAUAUUUCUAAUCUUUUGUUUUGAUCGCUUUAUAAGGGAAAAUAUUAUCAGCAAAAUUGAGUAUCGUCCAAAAGGCUACUCUGUUAUUAUACUUGAGGUGAAAAUAUUAACACUGAUUUUAAAACAUACUUUACGCUAACUUUAACUUUUUUAAUCGCUUAAUAAGUCAUUAAUAAAAUACCAGAAUACUUGUAAUAAAUGGCUGUCAAAUUUUCAAGUUUGUGUUGUCUGACCAACAGUCUAACACCCCUACCACAAAAAAAACAAACUUAAAUUACAAUGAAAUAAAACUGCAAAAAGACAACAAAUCUUUAAAUUCAACAAGCUGGAACCAUGAAAUGUUGAGCAUUUUUAGCCACGUUAGCUUCAUUGAUGGUAGCAUCUGUCUGACGUUUGCUCAGUCCACCACUUUGGUCCACACUAAAAUAUCAAUGUUAUGGAUUGUAAUACAAUUUUUUACAAACAGUCAUUGUCCCCAGAUGAUGAAUACUACUUACUUUGGUGAUCCCAUCUCAACAUCUACUAGAUGAAUUGGCACAAACUUUUGUACAGACAUAUAUGACUCCCAGUCGUUCAACAUGACUUUUCCUUUAGUGCCACCAUGAGGUUGAAAUUUGUGGUUUUGAGUGAAAUAUCUCAACAACUUUCUGAUGGAUUGUCAUGGAAUUCGGUAAAAACAUUCACUUUGGUGAUUCCUGAUGUCUUUUCAGCGCCGUCAAUAGGUUAGGUGUUUUUGUUUAGUUGGCUACUUUUGUUUUUGACCAAAAACCUGAAAAACUUAAAAUAUUCCCAUCAGCUUCAACUGUACUUUUUGUUUAGUGCUAAAUGCUAAAUACUAGCAUGCUAACAGGCUAACCUAAGAUGGUGAACAUGAUAAACAUUAUACAUGCAAAACAUCUGCAUUAGCAUUGUAUUUGUGAGCAUGUUAGCUACUGAUGUUAGCAAUUAGCUUAAAAAUCCACUGUGGUAAUGUGACGUCUCACAGACCUGCUAGCAUGAUCGUAGACUCGGAGACAUGAAUCAAUGUCAAUUGAAGGCAAAAUGAUUGCAAAAUGAUACAAAAAUGUACAUGGUCUUGAAGAACGUAUUUGCAGUAACAAGAGUUUGUAGUAAGUAACUUUCCACCUCUGAGUGUCAAAA